AUGACUAAUGCUAAAUUAUUGCGAAUCAUUUUUCUGCAUGUAGUAGAAAAUGGCAUGUUGAGUGAUGAGGUAUUUGAGGAAUACCCUGACGAGGCUGAGAGUACUGCCACACUGAGAAGGCAGGAGUUAGAACUUCAGCUAAGGCAAGUUGAGUUAGAGAGGUUUAACUGUGAAGAAAACAUUAAGCAGAGAGAAGCAGAGUUAGAAGCAGCAACACUCAGAGGAGAAGCCGAGUUAGAAGCAGCAACACUCAGAGGAGAAGCAGAGUUAGAAGCAGCUACACUCAGAGGAGAAGCUGCGUUAGAAGCAGCUACACUCAGAGGAGAAGCAGAGUUAGAAGCAGCUACACUCAGAGGAGAAGCAGAGUUAGAAGCAGCUACACUCAGAGGAGAAGCAGAGUUAGAAGCAGCUACACUCAGAGGAGAAGCUGCGUUAGAAGCAGCUACACUCAGAGGAGAAGCAGAGUUAGAAGCAGCUACACUCAGAGGAGAAGCAGAGUUAGAAGCAGCUACACUCAGAGGAGAAGCAGAGUUAGAAGCAGCUACACUCAGAGGAGAAGCAGAGUUAGAAGCAGCUAUACUCAGAGGAGAAGCAGAGUUAGAAGCAGCUACACUCAGAGGAGAAGCAGAAGGAGAAGCAGAGUUAGAAGCAGCUACACUCAGAGGAGAAGCAGAGUUAGAAGCAGCUACACUCAGAGGAGAAGCAGAGUUAGAAGCAGCUACACUCAGAGGAGAAGCAGAGUUAGAAGCAGCUACACUCAGAGGAGAAGCAGAGUUAGAAGCAGCUACACUCAGAGGAGAAGCAGAGUUAGAAGCAGCUACACUCAGAGGAGAAGCAGAGUUAGAAGCAGCUACACUCAGAGGAGAAGCAGAGUUAGAAGCAGCUACACUCAGAGGAGAAGCUGCGUUAGAAGCAGCUACACUCAGAGGAGAAGCUGCGUUAGAAGCAGCUACACUCAGAGGAGAAGCAGCUACACUCAGAGGAGAAGCAGAGUUAGAAGCAGCUACACUCAGAGGAGAAGCAGAGUUAGAAGCAGCUACACUCAGAGGAGAAGCUGCGUUAGAAGCAGCUACACUCAGAGGAGAAGCAGAGUUAGAAGCAGCUACACUCAGAGGAGAAGCAGAGUUAGAAGCAGCUACACUCAGAGGAGAAGCUGCGUUAGAAGCAGCUACACUCAGAGGAGAAGCAGAGUUAGAAGCAGCUACACUCAGAGGAGAAGCAGAGUUAGAAGCAGCUACACUCAGAGGAGAAGCAGAGUUAGAAGCAGCUACACUCAGAGGAGAAGCUGCGUUAAAAGUAGCUACACUCAGAGGAGAAGCAGAGUUAGAAGCAGCUACACUCAGAGGAGAAGCAGAGUUAGAAGCAGCUACACUCAGAGGAGAAGCAGAGUUAGAAGCAGCUACACUCUGA